AUGGGAUUUGCGCAGCAGAAGCUUAAAGAAUUAAAAGUUUCCAGCACGCAGCUCCCGACUGAAAAGACUGCUGCAUUUUUUGCAGGUCUAUUCCGCUGGCGAAUUGUUCGGCGGGCAAGGCACCUGAUGGCAUCGUGGGACCCAGCAACGAGAAAUGGUUACGGUGCGCGCACGUCGUCCUUCGGCGCGGAUAUGUAUUUCCCGCAAGAGGCCCCUUUUAUGCAGAACCAACGCUUAUUUGGCGCACCAGUACAAGGGCCGGUGUCGGUAGAUCACUCGCGUAACCUGAUUAAGCCUGAUCCGGAUUCGUUCUUCGGUCACACCUAUCCCUCGUCAUAUCCAUUUGCACGAUCACCUUACCCACAUUUUCCGUUUACUAUGCAGGCGAUGAGCUCCAGUGCAGCAACAGUUCGUCUGCAGAAUCCGAUCCAGUGCCUGUGGGUUGAUCGGAAUCGAAUCUGCAAUCGUCUGUUUUAUUCAAUCGAUCAUAUCGUCUCACAUUUGCAACAUGAGCAUGUUGGUGUGACCGACAGUCCUUUUCAUGUUUGUCAAUGGAAAGACUGUUCCAGAAAAGGAAGGAUUUUUAAAGCAAAAUACAAACUCGUAAAUCACAUUCGUGUGCAUACUGGUGAGAGGCCAUUUCCUUGUACGAUGUGUGAUAAAGUUUUUGCAAGAAGUGAGAACUUGAAAAUUCAUCAAAGGACACAUACAGGUAAAAAUUUUUAUCAUACUUCAUAA